AGCCCACGUCACUUUCUUCGUCGAUCGCUGUCACACGCCCGGAUCUCAAGAUUGGCGUUGUCCGGAACAAACUUCUUCACACUGCACCAGUCCUUUUCUCUUGCUCGUCUACACCGGCAUAGGACUCUCGACUUCCUAGCCAUCUUCUUCUUCUUCUUCUUCUUCUUCUUUUUCACGCCCAGGCACAGCGCAGCAAGAGCCAGAUAGAGUGCAUCUUAGAGCACGACAGAGGAGAUCGAAAAAGCGUCCCUGGAAGACUUUCUAGGUUUUCCUCACCACUCCGCCGCCAUCCUCGACUCCUCUAUCCUCGCUCGUUGUCUUUGUCGUCAGCAGCACACGCCCUUCUGACGCCCUUGCAACAUGAGCGAACAGGCAGGGUCUCUGUCACCUUCGACAUCGGCGGGUGCGGCGGCGCAGGCGCAGAGCGCGGCUGAGCCGGCAAAUGCGCCUCCUGCGCCUUCGCUCGCGCCCUCGUCGGUCAAGGAAGAAGCACCCGAGGCAGCACCGGCACUUCGCCCUCCUCUCCCAACGACCAAGGACACGGCAGCAGCAGCAGCACCACCACCGGCUGCUGUCAAAGAGGAGCUGCCCGGCACAGCACUUCCUCGAACACCAGCGACGAGUAUCGCCAUGGCAGAGGGGCCGGGGGAAGACGAGAGCGAAGACAGAAAAGAAGAGGAGCAAGAAGGCGAUGGGGCUGCCCCCACUGCUGCCCCUCCCCUCGCAAGGAGAUCUGCGAGUAGCAGUGGCACCGGCGCCGCCUCGGCCAGCAUCGAUCGGGAGCUUCAGAGCGAAAUCGAGGCUGAUCCAGCUCUCUGGGGGCUCAGGCGUUCUGGACGCGCGCCAAAAAAGUCCUACGCAGAUAGCGAAGCUGAUGAGGAUUCUGAGUCGAGCGCCGCGGCGGCUGGUCGCGCACAGAAUGGCAAAAAGAGACCCUCGUCCAAGCUCAACGAAUUCAGCGCCCCCGGCAGCUCCAUCUCGGACGCUGACGACGAUGAGGACAACGACGAAGACGAUGAUGACGAUGACGACGAAGAGUUUGGCGGCGGGGCCAGCAGCAAACGCAAAUCCAACGGGCAUAGGAAAAAGUCAAAGUCAAAGCUGAAGGCAGGCGCCGGUCGCUUCAGACCGUCCGAGGCUGACAUUGAGGCGUCGCGCAUCUCGAGCCGCAAUGGAAAGAAGCUGCCAAACUACAACGAGGACAGCUAUGGACUCGAUUUGAGCGAUGGCGAUGAUCCAUUCGAAGAUGCCGUCGAUAGGCACCGAGGGGGCGAGUCGUUAGAAGAGGAAGAGACAAUAGACGGCGUCUUUGGACAUGAGCGCGAUGAGACGAUGCUCGAUGACCCAGAAGAUGUGCCCACGAGAAACCUCCGAUUCAUCAUCAAGUGGAAGGGGUAUUCGCAUCUACAUGAUACCCACGAGCUCUACGACUUCCUGAGACCUUUCAAGGGCUUCAAGCGAGUGGAAAACUACAUUAAGCAGGUCUGGUUGCCCCGCCAUGAGAUUCUCAAGGACAAGAGCGCGUCCAAGGAAGACAUCGAGGCCAUUGCCAUUGAGGAAGAGAGGCUCAAAGACAUGGUGGAGAGCUACAAGACCGUCGAGAGGAUCAUCAAUCAGCGCAACAAUCCCCCGACAAAGGAGCACCCGCAUCCUCAUGUCGCCUACCUCUGCAAAUGGAAGGGGUUGGCCUACGCCGAGUGCACCUGGGAAGCCGACGAGGACAUUCGCCAGGUGGCCAAGCCUGCCAUCGAGCUGUAUCUGCAGAGAUCCACUUCGCCCCACAUUCCAGCUCGCAGUACUGCCUACGGCAAGGAUCGGCCAAAGUACACGCGUAUGACGGAGCAGCCGGCCUACAUUACAAAAGGUGGCCAGCUCAAGGAAUUCCAGAUGACAGGUCUCAAUUGGUUGGCCUACCUCUGGAGCCGAAACGAGAAUGGGAUCUUGGCAGACGAGAUGGGCUUGGGAAAGACAGUGCAGACUGUAGCCUUUAUCUCGUACCUCUUCCACUCGCUCCACCAGUACGGCCCUUUCCUUGUCGUCGUGCCACUGUCGACAUUGCCGGCCUGGAUGCAACAAUUUGAGCUAUGGGCACCCGACCUCAACUGCAUCGCAUACACGGGCAACAAUCAGAGCAGGGAGAUGAUCAGGUCCUAUGAGUUUGGAUCUUACAAGAAAAUGGGCUGCAACGUUGUCGUGACGACGUACGAAUUCAUCCUCAAGGACCGCGCUGAGCUGUCGCAGAUCAAAUGGCAAUUCCUUGCCGUCGAUGAGGCUCACAGGCUCAAGAACUCCGAAUCGCAGCUGUACGACGCCCUCAAGAGCUUCAAUACGGGGGGCAAGCUUCUCAUCACAGGCACACCGUUGCAGAACAACAUCAAGGAGCUCAUCGCCCUACUUCACUUCUUACGACCCGACGAGUUUGCCCUCGAGGUCGACUUCGACAUUGCAAAUGUCGACCAGACGAUGAUCAACGAGCUGCACAGAAAGCUUGACAACGUCAUGCUUCGUCGGCUGAAGAAAGAUGUCGUCAAGGAGCUACCCACAAAGACGGAGCAGAUCCUCCGCGUGGAGAUGUCGGCGAUGCAGCAAAGGAUGUACAAGGCGAUCCUCACGCGCAACUACUCUGUGCUGAGCGCCGCAUCAUCUGCGCAAAUCAGCCUGCUCAAUGUCGCCGUCGAGCUGAAAAAGGCAUCGAACCAUCCUUACCUAUUUGACGGUACAGAGGUCAGCUCAGACAAGCGCGACGACAUCUUCAAGGGCCUCGUCAUGCAUAGCGGCAAAAUGGUUCUUCUCGACAAGCUCCUGGCGCGACUCAAGCAGGAUGGUCACCGCGUUCUCAUCUUCAGCCAAAUGGUGCGCAUGCUCGACAUCCUCUCCGACUACCUCUCGAUGCGUGGCUACCAGUCCCAGCGUCUUGACGGCACCAUUUCCUCCGAGGUGAGGAAAAAGUCGAUCGAUCACUUCAACGCAGAGGGCUCCCCCGACUUUGCGUUCCUUCUCUCGACGCGUGCGGGUGGACUGGGCAUCAAUCUCGAGACGGCCGACACGGUCAUCAUCUUUGACUCAGACUGGAACCCGCAGAAUGAUCUGCAGGCCAUGGCGAGGGCGCAUCGGCUCAACUCAAAAAACCAUGUCAACGUGUACAGAUUCCUGACAAAGGACACCGUUGAGGAGGACGUGCUUGAGCGAGCAAAGAGAAAGAUGGUUCUCGAGUACGCCGUCAUCCACCAGAUGGACACGUCAGGCACCAACUUUGCGCCAAAGACGGCAGGACAAAAGAGUCAGAACUUUAGCAAAGAAGAGCUUGGCGCGAUUCUCAAAUUCGGAGCCCAGAGUCUGUUCAAGAACGAGAGCGAGGACGGCCAACAGAAGAAGCUGGACGAGAUGGACCUCGAUGCGAUCCUCAAGAACGCAGAGGCCCACGACACAGAAGCAGACCCGACGGGCGCCUCUUCCGGUGGCGAGGCCUUCUUGCAGCAGUUUGCCCAGGUCCAAGACUUCAAGGCCGACGUCUCUUGGGACGACAUCAUCCCGCUGGAGGAACGUCUGAAGGCUGAGGAAGAGGAGCGACAGAAGGCCGUCGAAGAGGCAAAGGCUGCCAGCGCAGGUCGUAGAAAGGCAGCCCAGGUGGCACCCGGCGUGUACGAAAGUGCGAGCGCCGACGCUGACAAUGGUGAUGGUGCUUCGAACCGCUCCAAGUCGCCAGCAGAGAAAUCAUCGAAGAAGGGGGGCUCCGCACCGGCAUCGGCCGGCGCUUCCGGCGGCGCUGCGCGCAAGUCCAAUCCUCAAAAGUCGCUAGAGCUGAGCGAGCGAGACGUGCGCGUCUUGAUCCGAGGCAUCCAUCGAUGGGGCGAUAUGCGCUACCGGCCUGACCCCAUCAUCGAGGAAGGCAGGCUGCAAAAGAAGAACCGGACGGUGCUGCUCGAUGUCGCUGACGAGCUCAUCAAGAUGUGCGAGGAUGCCAUUUCGAGCCACGACCGGGCAUUCAAGGAGAUGACGGAGCGCAAAGAGGAAAUCUCCUCGGCGCUUCGACAAAAGGCUGUUCUAAUCGAGUGCAGAGGCGUGCCUCAGAUCAACGCAGAGACGACGCUGACGCGCCACUAUGGUCUUCGACUCCUCGCCGAGAUCUUGGACCAGACCGAUGAUAAAGACAACUGGCAACUGCCCGUCGACCACAUCAAGACGCCUGUCAACUGGUCUUCGGAGUGGACGGUGGCAGACGACGCCAAGCUCAUGGUGGGCAUCUACCACCACGGCUUCGGCCAGUGGGACUACCUCGAGAAUGAUGAGAGCCUCGGCCUCAAAGAUAAGGUGUUCCUCGACGAAGGCAAAAACAGGCAGGUGGAAAAAGCAGGCGAAGGCACACCCCAAGGCCGCAAUGCCAAGCCGAUUCCCAACGCCAUUCACCUCGUCCGUCGGGGUGACUACCUUCUGCGCUCACUCCGAGAGGCAGCCGAGGCCGAGGAAAAGGACAUGGAUGCGCGUCAGAAAAAGGGCAACCGCAAGCGCUCGCCAGAGGGAGGCGCAAAGGGCUCGCCCAUGCCCAGUGGUUCGUCGUCAAAAAACAAAAAAGCACGCCGCUCGGCUGCGCAAGAGGCAUCUUACGAUUCUGACGAGUCAGACCAGUCCAAUUACUCGAGCAUGGACGAGGGCGAGUGCAAGGAGCUCAUGCGGCCCUGCAAGAAGGAACUUAAAAAGCUCAAGGAAGGUACCGAUCACAUGGAGAGAGACGAAAAAGUGGCGACACUGCGAGAGUGCUUGUCGGCAAUUGGAGGUCAUAUCGAUUUCCUUCUGGCAAAUGACUUCCAAGCGGCAGCUGAAGAGGAAAAGAGGAAGAGAAGACGUCACCUGUGGGCCUUUGCCGCCUUCUUCUGGCCGAAGAAGGUCAAGCCUUCUAAGCUCAAGGGCAUCUUCCAGAAGCUCGUUGGUACGGGUGUCUCGCCUGCUGUCGGUCAGUCGCAGCAGGGACAAGGCCACGGUGGCCCUCCAGCACCGGCUCAGCGGACAGCAUCGUCCUCAUCAGCAACGGCGGCCCACCAAGCUGCCCCUCUCAAUGAGCCGGUAGCUAAGAGAAAAAGCGAGCUGUCGCCUGUGGAUGAGGGAGCAAAGAGGCCGAGGUACUCGGAAUCGUCAUCAACUGCUAGACUCCCUCCUCCCGGUCCCCUAAUCGCUCCUCCUCGCAGCGCAUCCAAUGGCUACUCGCACCCUCGUGAGCCUUACAGUGGCGCUCCCUAUGAUCGACGCGACUAUGUCCAGGACUCUCGCUACCGUGAGCGCGAGCAGUACGAUCGUGAGCACUACGAUCGAGAGCGUGAAUACGAAAGGGAGCGAGAGUACGAGCGCGAAUACGAGGAGAGGCGCUACCGCGACGACAUGGCCCGGCGUUAUGGCCACGACGACAGAUAUGGCCACGAUGAUCGCUACGGCGACCACCGCUACGCCAUGGACUCAAGGGACCGCCGUUGAAUGUUCCUGCGAGCUCACACGAUGAAAGCGCACGAAGAGACGUGAAUUUUACCUGCCUUGUCAUUUCUCGCUUCCAACUUCGCCCCUCCUUCUAGAGCCACAUCUCACUCCUUGUUCUCUUCGCACCGCCCCUUGUCGUCGCCCGUCGUGUUCCAUUAAAUCAUCAAGUGCCUCUCAACUCUCUCAACCUACAUUCAAUUCCCACGUACUCUUGGAACCGUAAUGACAUGCCAUUCUCCCACUACUAU